AGAUAAAACUCGACAGUCUUCUUCGGCUGCCAUGUCGUCUGCCCGGGUAGCGCAUCACAUGCCACUUCCGGUGUGACGGUUGUGUUCAACGCGAGUUGUUGACAGAGAAACACCCACCGCUCGUCUACAGCAAGUAACACUACGCAUCACUGGUGAGAAAAACACAGAAAAGAUAUAUCUCUGAAGAUGGGAAGACUUGAUGGAAAGGUUUUCGUUCUGUCCGCUGCAGCACAAGGAAUCGGGAGAUCAGCUGCACUGCUUGCAGCUAAGGAAGGGGCUCGAGUAAUUGCCACAGAUGUAAAUGCUGAGAAACUAAAGGAACUAGAAGGAGUUCCAGGCAUUGAGACAUACGUCUUGGAUGUUCUAAAUACUGAGGCGGUAAACGAGUUUGCUGCAGCACUGGACAGAGUGGAUGUGCUCUUUAACUGUGCAGGAUUUGUAGCAAAUGGAACACUUCUGGAUACAGAUGAAAAGACUUGGGAUUUCUCUUUUGACCUCAAUGUGAAAAGCAUGUACCGCAUGUGCCGUGCAUUCAUUCCAAAGUUUAUUGCUCAAGGAAGUGGUGGAAGUGUUAUCAACAUGUCAUCUGCUGCCUCAAGCAUUAAGGGGGCUCCCAAUCGAUGUGUCUACUCUGCCACGAAGGCAGCAGUCAUUGGACUCACCAAGUCGAUGGCAGUAGAUUUUGUCGGUCAGAAAAUCAGGUUCAAUAGCAUUUGUCCAGGUACUGUGGACACACCUUCAUUGAGAGAUAGAAUCAACAUCUCAGAGAACCCUGAACAGGCAUUAAAAGACUUCAUAGCACGACAGAAAAAUGGGCCGAUUUGCUACAGCAGAUGAAAUUGGCUAUCUGGUUGUGUACCUUGCCUCGGAUGAGUCAGCUUUCAUCACUGGCCAGGAGUUCAUCAUUCGAUGGAGGGUGGAGUCUGUAACUAUCCCAGUCAGCAAGUUUUCUUUAUGAAUACAAACAAAGAUGUACAUCUUUUAUUUUCAUGGCAACCACACGUACAUAAUAAUAUUCUGGGUUUAUCUGAUUUUUCUGCAUUUAAAAAUCACUAGUGAUAUUUAUGAGUGCCUUUAAAUUAUGCUGCCAAAGACAUAGCAUUUAUUAAUUUCCUUUUUGUUUAUUGGUACAUUUAAUAUUGUCCGUGCUUUAUCUUGAUUUUGUUUUGGAGACCAAGAUACAACAGUAAAUAAAUGUUGUCACACUAUGGCAUUAUUGCAGUAUUUUAACAAAUUUAUUAGUCUUUUUAUUUACAGUAAUAUUUUUGUUAUUAAGACACACUUAUUCAACAAAUAUCUUGAGGUAUGAGCUACGAGGUAUUGUUUCAUAUCAUUUACAACUUUCACUGUUUUCGUUUGUUGUAAAUGUUAACUGCUCAUGUUACUUAUGUAAAAUUGAAUAGAGUGCUGUGAAAAUGUAAUCUAUUAUUAUAUCAAGAACAAAAUGCUUUUCUUAAUACCCAAUUAAGUGUAAUGUACAGCUAUAUAUGCUGCAUUGUGUGUAUUUUCAAAAUCUGUUCACUAAUAACAAUCAAACAGAUUUGCAAAGUAACACGAAGUUGUUUUUUUUCAGGUUCCCUUUCCUUUCCUUGUAAUGAAUCAUGGUGUUAAUUUUGACAGCAAUGAUUUGUUGAUGGAUGGGGAAAUAAAUCAACUAAUUAUUAAAUGGAAUGCAUCUUCUGUGAUAGUAAUAUUGUGGCAUAAAUAAUUUAUGAGUUGAUCUCAUGUGGGGAUGGUAAUGCUAGUUGGAACAGUGGUGAUGAUGAUGGUAGAAGGCAAGAAGAAAUAAAAAAUUAAAAAGAAUAAACAAAUGCUCAAACGUA